AUGGCUCAUGGCGGAAGAAAAGGGCCUCCAAGCCGAGAUGUAGAUGUUGAAGGGAACUUUGCUGGAGUGCUCAUUGCGAAGUCAACAAGUCAACAGAGUGCGGCUGCACGAAGUGGAAGAGGGAAUGUCAAGGUCCUUGUAUCGGAUGGGAGUGUGCAAGAAACGGCAGAGCAGUCGAGUAUGUUUCAUGGAAUGAGAGCAUGGGAAAUAGAAGCAGGAGCAGUAGGAGCAGCUGGAGAAGGACGUGGUGGUGGUCGAGGAGGAGCCGCAGGGGAAAGAGCCGAAGAAAUUCUUGAGGGACAGGGAAAAGUAGGAGGCAGGAAAAAAAUCACAGAUGAGCAAAAGCUGAAGCUUCGUCUACUCAAGAACAGACUGUCAGCCGAACGCUCCCGGAGGAAGCGCGAGCUGGCGACGAUCUCAACGGAGAUUGAGCUGCAGAAGUUGCGGAGAGAGAACGUGCUGCUCAAGGAGAAGAUGAAGCUUGUCCAAUCCUUCUCCUCCUACCAGGUCCAGCUGUGCCAGGCUAUCAAGCAAGAGUUCUCCCAACAUGAAUGGCAUGGCGAGCUGUCUGGGGAAAGCAGGUCAGAGCCAUCGACAGCAAGCAGAACGGGCAGUGUUAAGGAGGACGAGGACGAGGACGAGGACGAGGACGAGGAGGCAGGGCAGAGGCAGGAGCCGGAGAAAAUCCAGAGGUGCUACUUGAGCCUCCUCCAGCGCCUGGAGGGGAUCAUGGAGGAGGAGGAGCAGCGCUUUGUUCAGCUCUCGAACCGCGUGGAGGUGCUGGUCCUGCAGGACUCAGCCAAGUUGUCGGAGGCAGAGAUCAGGAUGCGGGAGGUGGAGCAUGAGAAGAUCGCCGCCAUCUCCGCCCUCACCAGUGCGCGCGAGAGGUUCGCAGAGCGCGAGCGGGAGCUGCUCGGCCGCAUCGCCAUGCUCGAGGCAAGGUUGCACAGUGGCAGGGACGUCGACGGCCUCGUGCCCACCGCGUCCUCUGCCCGCGGGCCGUUCCCUUCGUCCUUGAUCGUGGAGCAGCCGUCGGCAGAGCAGACGCUCCUCAUCCGACCCCUGACGCUAACGUCACCCGCCACCCUCGAUCUGGCGUCCAAGUUCGCCAACCAGGCGUCAGAGGUCCUGGACAACCAGUCGUUUCUGAAGUUUGUCAACAUGCUCAAGGUGUUCAAGGAGGGAGGGCUGUCGCAGGAACAGCUGCUCAGCAAGGUGACGGAGCUCUUUUCCGGGCGGCAGGAAAUGCUGCAGGACUUCCUCCGGUUCCUCGUGUGA